GAUAACAGGAUCUCUGUUUGGGCUGUUGGAGAUCAUGGAAAUGUGGGCGUCAAUGGUGAAUAUCAAGGAGAACCUCAGCUGCUGUGUGACAUCAGGCACAACGGUGAUGUUAUGGACAUGCAGUUUUUGGAUGAAGAGAGAAUUGUGGUUGCCUCAUCAACAGGAACUGUAACUAUAUUCCGUCAUCAUCAAAAUAAUCAGACUUUAUCUGCCAACCAGCGGUGGGAGAAAGCCCAUUACCAUGUGAAUCAAGACACAUCUGGUGGCGGAGCAGCAUGUACCGGAGUCAUCUGCAACAACCCAGAAAUUGUCACAGUUGGAGAAGAUGGUAGAAUAAAUCUCUUCAGAGCUGACCAAAAGGAUGCAGUUAGAACUAUAGACAAUGCAGACAGCAGUACGCUCCAUGCGGUGACUUUCCUUCGCAUAACUGAGAUCUUGACAGUAAAUUCGAUUGGACAGUUAAAAAUAUGGGACCUCAGACAGCAAAGAAAUGAGCCAUCUCAAAUAUUUUCUUUGACAGGUGACAGAGUCCCACUGCACUGCGUGGACAGGCAUCCCGAUCAGCAGCAUAUCGUGGCCACAGGGGGCCAGGAUGGGAUGCUGAGUAUUUGGGACAUCAGGCAGGGUACUAUGCCAGUGUCUCUGCUAAAUGCGCAUGAAGCAGAAAUGUGGGAAGUUCACUUCCAUCCCUCCAACCCCGAUCACUUAUUUACAUGUUCUGAAGAUGGAUCUCUUUGGCACUGGGGUACUUCCACAGACAUAUCUGACAAACCAUCUUUUCUUCAUCAAGGAGGAAGAAGUACUACCUAUUUUUCACACAACACCAUGAACCAGUCUGUAGUAAGUGCCUGGCUGAGCAACGAUCCUACCAAAGACCGCGUGGAAAUCACCAACUUAAUUCCAAAUCAGACUUUGUCUGUGAAUAGUUUAGAUGUUUUAGGACCAUGCCUAGUAUAUGGUACUGAUGCAGAAGCUAUUUAUGUGAGCAGACAACUUUUUGCAUGAAACGGCUCCAGUAUCCCUUUGAAGUACUGAUCCCCUCAAACUACUGGGAAACGUCAGGUUCAUUCUUAAUGACACUCAUUAGUCUGUUACCAGCGUGUGGGUGAGAGGCCUACAGCUUGGUCCUGGUACUGCAGAAGAAGAAAUGUAAGGUGCCUCAGAUUCUGAAAGCUGCCACUGGUGCUUGAUGCUGCAGGAUGAGUAACUGGUUACAUGUAAGCUUGCUCUCAUUUCUUC